CAUCCGACCAUGGCCGAGCACCUCGCCAACGUCUCGAGCGCGCUCGGCGCAAUCGAAGAGUACCUUGCGCCGCUGACCAAGGCGUCGGUCGAUGAGCUCACGAAGAACGCGGCGCCGAUCGAGAAGGCCAAGCUCCAGGUCGGCCUCGCCUACUCGGUGAAUGCGCUUCUCUACAUCUUGCUCAAGACGCAAGGCGCGUCGUCCAAGGACCUGCGCCAGACCCAAGUCAAGCAAGAGCUGGACCGCGUCAAGGGCUUUGUCCAGAAGAUCAAGUAUUCGGAAGAGAUGGCCAAGGGCCCGCAGGUCAAGGUCGACGCCGAGGCCGCGGGGCGCUUCAUCAACCACGCGCUCUCGUCCGACCAGGUGUACGUCAAGGCGUUGAACGAGCGCAAGGCGGAAGAGAAGACCGAGGAGACCAAGACGGAAGAAAAAGAGCCCCAGCCCAAAGCGUCCAAGAAGACCAAGAAGGCGCCGACGACGAGUACCUCGACCAAGCCGGCCAAGAAGCAGCGCAAGCACUAAUCUCAUGUAAUUAUAAAGGCUCUGUACAUCUCUCUCACAAG